AUGGCUCCCUCAGAGGAGGACAAGGUCAAGGCUGUUGACCUCAAGAACCAGGGUAACGAGGCUUUCAAGAAGCAUGACUGGCAAACGGCCAUAGAUUUCUACUCUCAGGCGAUCAAAUUGAACGACACAGAACCCACAUACUUCGCAAACCGGGCACAGACAGAAGCAUGCCACCAAGGCGAUCGAGUUGAAUCCAGGCUUCGUCAAGGUGGGUGUUUUCCCCAAUCCCAAGCUUACUACCGCCGCGCUGUCGCCCAUGCCGCCAUCUUGCGACCGAAAGAUGCUCUUCAAGAUUUCAAGACCUGCACUAAGAUCGACCCGGGCAACAAGGAUGCGAAGCUCAAGCUCGUCGAGUGCCAGAAGAUCGUGCGCCAACUCGACUUCUUCGCCGCUAUCGAGGUCACCGACGCACCCUCUGCUGCGGAAGGCCUGGAUGUUGAUUCAAUCGCUGUCGAGCCGGAAUACGACGGCGUCAAGCUCGACAAGGAGAUGACGCAGGAGUUCAUCGAGGACAUGACAGAGAGGUUCAAGAACGGCAAGAAGAUACAUAGGAAAUACGUUUAUCAGAUCAUCAUGGCUGUCAAGAAGCUUGUCUACGAUGAGCCAACAAUGGUGGAGGUUGAGAUCCCCGAGGAUGUCAAGCUCACUGUCUGUGGCGAUACUCACGGCCAAUACUUCGAUCUUAUGGAGCUCUUCAGGUUGAAUGGAAAGCCGGACGACAAGCACUGGUAUCUCUUCAAUGGUGACUUCGUUGACCGAGGCUCAUGGUCCACCGAGAUUGCUCUAUUGCUAUACGCCAACAAAUGGCUGCGGCCCAAGAACUUCUUCCUGAAUCGUGGAAACCACGAGACAGACGACAUGAACAAGGUCUAUGGGUUUGAAGGAGAGUGCAAAGCCAAGUACAACGAGCGUAUCUUCAAGCUCUUCUCGGAAAGCUUCUCGGCACUGCCUCUGGCAACGCUGAUAGGUCAGAAGUACUUUGUCCUCCAUGGAGGUCUGUUCUCUGACGACAAUGUCACCCUGGACGACAUCCGCAAACUGGACCGACACAAGCAGAGGCAGCCGGGCCAGGCUGGGUUGAUGAUGGAGAUGCUCUGGACAGACCCUCAGACCGAGCCCGGCCGUGGCCCAAGCAAGCGUGGCGUCGGCAUGCAGUUCGGUCCCGAUGUCACCAAGCGCUUCUGUGAGAAGAACGGCCUGGAAGCUAUCAUCCGGAGUCACGAGGUUCGCAUGGAAGGUUACGAGGAGGAGCACGAUGGAAAGUGCAUCACAGUCUUCUCCGCGCCCAAGUACUGCGACAUGACGGAGAACAAAGGUGCUUACAUCAAUAUCGGAUCUACGUACAAGUUGGAUUUCCACAAGUUUGACGCUGUUCCUCAUCCUAACAUUCGACCAAUGGCAUACGCCAACAAUUCGAUCAUGUCUUCUGUGAUGUAG